AUGCCAGCAGGAGCAGCAUCUUUCAAGCCCACAUUGAUCUUGCAUGGCGGUGCUGGUAAUCUCAAACGGUCCACUCUUCCACCCGAUCUCUACGCAGCCUACCAUGCCUCCCUCCAAUCCUAUCUCCGGUCUACCUAUGCCCUCCUCAACAACGGCAGCUCCGCCCUCGAUGCUGCUGUACACGCCGUCUCCCUGAUGGAAGACGACGAGCUCUUCAAUUGCGGUCGCGGCAGCGUCUUCACAACAGCCGGCACAAUCGAGAUGGAAGCUUCAGUGAUGGUGACCUCGGUACAAGAGCCCGAUGAGAGCAGGGAAGGUGCAGUGAAACGUGGCGCAGGCGUGAUGGGCGUGAGAAAUGUUCGCCAUCCUAUCCGUCUUGCGCGCGAGUCUCUGCUACGCACUGGGUAUACGGUCGACGGUCAGCGAAAUAGUGACGGUGGCAGCUUGCAUUCGCAGCUUGUUGGGCCUCAUGUGGAGACGCUGGCUCGCGAUUGGGGGCUUGAGUUUAAGCCUGAUGAGUGGUUCUGGACGCAGCGCCGCUGGGACGAGCAUAUACGUGGACUGAAGGGUGAGGCUGAGCCUAUCUCUAUGAGCCAGGGAACUGUGGGUUGUGUUUGCUUGGAUCAAUGGGGGAAUCUGGCUGUUGCGACGAGUACGGGCGGCAUGACGAAUAAGCUUCCCGGUCGCAUUGGGGAUACGCCGACUCUGGGUGCUGGCUUUUGGGCCGAGGCUUGGGAUGAGAUGGUAUCAGAUAGUGCUUCGGUCGGGUCUUCUCAAUAUCCCGCCUUGGUCGGGGGUAUUAUUGAAGAGGCUAAAGCCUACUUGGCCGAUUGCUUGCCUCCGUUCCUGAGGGAGUCUCGCCCUCCGGCUUAUACAGCUCUUCCUACCAUUGGACAGACUAGUCAGUCGGGUUCUAUUCCUGAAAAGCAGUCUCCGUACCAGGUGCCUCCCAGCAAACCACAGCAUACAAGGCGUGCCAUUGCUGUCUCGGGAACUGGAAAUGGAGAUUCAUUCCUCCGCGUUGCUGCUGCCCGGACAGCCGCUGCGAUGCUCCGGUUUUCUGCUCCAGGCCGAUAUUCUACUCUCGCCGAUGCUGUAACUGCGGUAGCCGGACCUGGCGGUGAACUACAGCGGUCGGCUGGACAGCGCUGGAACAUCACUGGUGAGGGCGAAGGAGGUAUCAUUGGAAUUGAAGCUGUCUCUACCUGGGCGUCAAAUGCUAGCAUUCUGAACGAGCAGCUCCGUCGCGGGAGGGUGGUCUUUGAUUUUAAUUCCGGAGGCAUGUGGCGUGCUUAUGUUGAAGAGGACGUGAAUGGGAAAGAGAAGGAAGUAAUUAUGGUCUUUCGAGAGGAGUACCAAUAG